ACUCCGGAAUAGAUUUAUAAUAAAAAUUUAAAUCAAUCCAUUAAAUGUUGAUUUGUAGCAUUUUUCGCAAAAAAACUAUGCAAAAUAGUUUAUUUUAUAAACAAUUAAAAUAAAAAAAAUAAAAGUAAACAUUUGAAAUAUGAAUAGAAAUGAUACUGUGAAAUUUUUAAUUUCUUUGCGGGUUUUGUAUAAAAGACACUUCAAAUUCUAAGCUAAAUCAUUCUAAUUACUUAACUCAUCAGAGAACAGUAAGAUUCUAAAAAGAAAACAUGAGAGCUUUCAUUGUACUCUGCCUUGUGGCUGUUGCCUGUGCCGAUAAAUUGGGUUACAACUACCAACCUGUGGGACAUUCCAGUUCUGGAUUAUCCUUUACUCCAGGUAGCUCCGGCUUUGGCGGUUCCAGCAGCGGUUUCGGAGUUGGUGGUUCCUCUGGUGGUCAUGGUGGUUCUAGCAGCGGUUUCGGAGUUGGUGGUUCUUCUGGUGGUUUCGGCGGUUCCAGCAGCGGCUUUGGCGUUAGCGGUUCCUCUGGCGGUCAUGGUGGUUCUAGCAGCGGUUUCGGUGUUGGUGGUUCCACUGGUGGUUUCGGCGGUUCCAGCAGCGGUUUUGGCGUUGGUGGUUCUACUGGUGGUUUCGGCGGCUCCAGCAGCGGUUUUGGAGUUGGUGGUUCCUCUGGCAGUUUCGGUAGUUCUGGUUCUGUUGGUGGUUCCCACGGUGGUGCUUCUUAUGCUCCCCAAGUUGAACUCGAAAAGGAAUUCUACACCUUUACUGCCAACGAAGAAGAUUUCACUGAACCCGCUGUUGAACAACAAGUCGCUAGCUCUGCUAAGAAAAACCUUCGUGUUAUUUUCAUUAAGGGCCCUGAAAACCAUGGCUUGGAAAAUGCUGCUGUUGCUUUGGCUAAACAUGCUGCCGAACAAAGAACUGCCAUCUAUGUCCUCCAAAAACAAGCUGACCUCAGCAGUUUGUCCAACAAAUUGACCACCAUCAACAACAACGUCAACAACAAACCCGAAGUACACUUUGUCAAAUACCGUACCCAGGAAGAUGCUAUCAACGCCCAAAAGGCUAUCCAAGGCCAAUACGAUUCUUUGGGUGGUAGCACUCAAAACUUCAAUGGUGGUGUAGCUCCUGUUUUGAACUUUGCUUCUAAGGCUCCCGUUGCUGCCCAUGGCUCUCACGGUUCCUUCGGAUCAUCCGGCUCUCUUGGAUCUUCUGGCUCUGUUGGUUCCUUCGGAUCUUCUGGUUCUCAUGGAUCUUCCGGCUCCCUUGGUUCAUUCGGAUCUUCCGGUUCUCUUGGAUCUUCUGGCUCUGGUGGUUCCUUCGGAUCUUCCGGUUCUCUUGGAUCUUCUGGCUCUGCUGGUUCUUUCGGUUCUUCUGGCUCCGUUGGUUCUUUCGGUUCAUCCGGCUCCCUUGGAUCUUCUGGCUCUGUCGGUUCCGUUGGUUCAUUUGACUCAUCUGUAGUCUCAGGUCCCAGCACUAGUUAUCUUCCUUCUUUCAUUGCCGGUCGUCAUCGCAAGUAAGUGAAUGAAGAAAGUAAAGCUGUUACAGACUGAAUAAGGUUUUUAUUGUUGUUUUAUAUUAAGCGAUUAUUAUGUAUUUACCAUUAAUACAUUUCUUAUUCUUUUUAUUAUCAAUUAUAAUCGCAAAAAAGAGGCGAUAAUAAAAAGAGUAUUUAAUUAAACGAAUAUAA